UGGGGGGCACUGGGAGCACUGGGCAGUGCCAGUUGGUGGCACUGGGGGGCACUGGUGGCACUGGUGCCGUUACUGGGCGAUACCAGCUCGGGCCACUGGGGGGAGCUGAAGGUCCUGGCCCCGCCCUUCUGCGUCUGACGUCACCCGGCGCGGUGGGCGUGGCCUCUCAGGCCGCCUCCUAUUGGCGCAUUUCCAGCCAAUCAGCGGCGGCGCGCGGCGUUUGAACGGGCGGGAUGAGCGGAGCCUGUGCCCGGGAGCUGCCAGCGCUGGACGAGGCCGCGGCGCGGGGGUGCCGGCGCUGCCUCGGGCUCCUGCUGCGGGCACGGGAGCGGCUGGCACUGGAGAGGGGCGGGACCCCCACCCAGGAGCCGGGCUGGCCCAGGAGGGCUCUGUCCUUCCUGUCCGAGGAUGGCACCGAUGGCAGCGACUCCUCCGUGUCCCUCGGGGCCAGCCCCGAGGCCGGACCCCUCAGCAGCACCCGCAGGUCCCUCCUGGACGAGCCGGGUGACCGCUGUGUCACCGCGCUGUGGCCGGGCUGGCCCCGAGAGCCCCGCGGGCACCCAGCUGUCCUCUCGGCACCCCUCGCCUCCAGCACGCUGCUCUCAGAGCGGGACCCCGUCCGGGAGCGACCCCCGAGCCGCAUUUUAGGGGCACGGACGGGGGGUCCCAGCUUUGGGGACAUCGCUGUCGCUUGUCCCCAGCUGGCUCCCGGUGUGUCCCUCAGGCAGCACCAGCGCGGGGUGUUGGGGACGCACGCGGUGUCCCCGAGGUCGCCCCUGCUCCGCGGUGGCCUCGGCAGCUGCUCGGUGGCACCUCAGACCUCCGGUGGCAUCGCGGGUGGCAUCGCGGGUGGCAUCCCGGCUGCUGCGGCUCAGCACUGUCCCUUUGUCCCCAUCACGGGGGUGCCAGAGCCGGGGCACGGGGACCCCGCUGGCUUUGGGGACAGCAGCAGCCUCGGCGACAGCACCGAGUGCUUCGUCAGCGCCUUGGAGUCCCCGGAGCGCAGCGAGGCCGGGGGGACUCAGCCCGGGGGUCCCCCGGGAGGUGCAGCCCCUUCCCCACCGGGGGAGGAUUCCGGGGCUACCGUGGAUGUCGGGGGGCUCCUUGCCCGGCUCGGGGCUUGCAGCCUCCGGGGGUCCCCGCCCUGCUCCCCGCGGUGCCUUGGCGACCCUGGCGAUGUCACCGCGAGGGGCCGGGACACCCUUGGCGACCGUCACGUCACCCCCAGAAGCCGGAGUCGCCUGCGGGCGGUGGCAGCGCGGCUCCGCUUGGCUUCCUCCUCUUCCUCCUCCUCCUCCUCCUCCUCCUCCUCCUCCUCCUCCUCCCUCUUCCCCGAGUCGCUCCCGAUGCCCCGGAGACCCCCCAGGCUCAGAGUCCCCAGGGCCGCUGUCACCUCCCCCUUGGGUCGCUGUGUCCCCCCAGGGGACGGGGAUGUGGCCGCUGGGGAGGCAGAGGGGACCGGCGGCUCUUGGGGUGACACCCAGAUCCUCCCCGGGUUGUCCCCAGGGGGUGGCAGCGCCCCCAAAUCCGGUCCCACGGUGCUGCUGGGAUUUGGGGACAAGGGACACCCCCAAAACUCCUCAGGGUCGGGUUCCACGGUGCUGCUGGGAUUUGGGGACAAGGGACACCCCCAAAACUCCUCAGGGUCGGGUUCCACGGUGCUGCUGGGAUCUGGGGACAAGGGACACCCCCAAAACUCCUCAGGGUCGGGUCCCACGGUGCUGCUGGGAUUUGGGGACAAGGGACACCCCCAAAACUCCUCAGGGUCGGGUUCCACGGUCCUGCUGGGAUCUGGGGACAAGGGACACCCCCAGGACUCUCUGUCACUCGCCCGGGGCUCCCCCAAACCUAGCCCCAAGGUCCGGCUGGUCACGGGGACCCGGGGACACCCCCAGAAGUCCCCGUCGGUCACUCGGGGUCCCCUCGGUGCCACCGGGAUGCUGGAAGGUGGCUCCGGGUGGCAGCAGCGCCCCUCGCCCUUGGGGACAUCCCGGUCCCGGUGGCCCCACGGGAGUCUCAAGCACCCCCUGGCCCCGCGGCCACCUGGCAGUGCCAGCGGCGAGCUGGGGACACCCUCCGUGCCACCGUCACCCGGUGGCGAGCUGGGGACACCCUCCGUGCCACCGUCACCCGGUGGCGAGCUGGGGACACUCUCCGUGCCACCGUCACCCGGUGGCGAGCUGGGGACACCCUCCGUGCCACCGUCACCCGGUGAGGAGCUGGGGACACUCUCCGUGCCACCGUCACCCGCCGGCUGUGCCACCCCACGCUCCGAGGGGCACCGGGAGGACGUGGCACGGGCACAGACACCCGCGGGCUGUCACAGCCCUGGCGACACAGAUGCCACCAGCAGCCCCGAGGGUGGCACCGGGCGCGGUGGCGGCGUGGCCGCGGUGGCACCGCUGUCGCUCUCCGUCACCGGGCAGACGCGGCCGCUCCACCGGCGGCGGCUCGAGCGCCCGGCCCGGGGCCACCGCCCGGGGUGGCCCGAGGGGCACAGCCCGGAGCUGGUGGCCGCGCUGAGGACCGGCCACAUCCCCGACUGUGCCCAGGACGAGCUGGCACUGACCAGGGAGUUCGAGCGGCCGGAGCGCGGCCGGCCCUGGCGCGAGGGGCGGCUCAAGUCCAGCUUCAAUUACCUCCUGCUGGACCCCAGGGUCACCCGGGACCUGCCCCGGCGCAGCCCCGGCCUGAGCGCGGCCGAGCGCUUCCGGAGCUUCGUGGGCGCCGUGUUCUACGUGGGCAAGGGCACGCGGGGCAGGGCCUGCUGGCACCUGCGCCAGGCGCUGGCACAGCUCCGGCGCGGCACGGCCAGGGGCUGCCCCAAGGUGCGGCGCAUCCUGGAGAUCUGGGCUUUGGGGCACGGCGUGGUGCCCCUGCUGUGCUUCCAGCACCGCGUGCCCGCCGAGGCCUUCACCCGCGAGAGCUGCAUGCUCGAGGCGCUGGGCCUGCAGCCGCUGACCAACGCCCGCCGGGGGCCGUGCUACGGCGUGGCCGCGGCCUGGGCGGCCGAGAGGCGCCGGCGCCUGGGCGUCCUCCUGCUGCACCGCGCCAUGGGUGUCCUGCUGGCCGAGGGCGAGCGCCAGCUGCGGCCUGAGGACAUCGCCGGGGGACGCUGAGCACCCCAGGGGGACGCUGAGCACCCCAGGGUGACACCGAGGACACCUGGGGGACACUGAGCACCCCAGGGUGACACUGAGCACGCCUGGGUGAC